ACAAUUUUAUUUUUUUAAACAGAAAUUAAAAUUGUACACUAAAAAAAGUAUUACCAUCUCAUAUCAGUUUUACAAAUUUAUUAGAAAUGCAGGUCAGUAUUUUUAUUUUUAUAUAUUUUAUUCACUUAUGGCAUGUACCGGCUUUAUGUCCACAAUCUGUAAAAGGAAGAUAUUUAAAAUAUGUCAUUACUGUAAUAAAACAUAUUUGUGUCCAAAAAGGAUGGGAUUCAAUGAAACAUUUGCAGUUAAAUCAAGAUAAGUAUGGAAACAUGACAAUAAGAGAUGCAUUUACACAAAAAAUUGACAAAAACAAUAUUUUAGGUAUGUUUAUUAUUGUUGUUCGUUUACUUAACUACAAGUAUACCGAGAUAUUAAAAAAUUAUGUAGAACUCAUUACUUUAAGCAUAACAGAAUGUGAAAAGUAUUCAACAGAUCAUCUAUUCGGAGAAUUUAUCAAUUGUACCCAACGUAUUGAACAUGGAGUGAAAAAUUCAAUGAAUAUGUUUGACAAUUUGUACCAUGUAAUGACAUUUAUGAGUUAUAUAGAUAUAAAAUUCUUAUUUAUACAUACUUUAGAAAGCCCAUACGUCAUGGUAGACGAAAUUUAUUUUGCCUAUCAUUAUAUAAAUACCAUGAAAAUAUCAGAUCGAUCAUUUUAUACUGAUCAAGAUGGUAACUUAAUACCUGAAAAUGCGAUUUCAGUGCUUUUAAAUAUUAAAAUAUUCCUUAAUGAAUUAUAUUUAAAGGCAGAAAGUGUUGAAAAUAAAUUAUGUGAUUUUGAUCAAUUCCCUGGCCGAGUUUACUAUCAUUUGAUUUUUAAAGAGAAAUAUUUACAAUACAAAUUAGUAAAUGCCAAUGUAACUACUAUCGAUUUUGUGUUAAUUAUGCUAGUUUCAUUUUUCGAGGACACCAUAAAAUAUAAUUAUGAAGACAUUGGAUUUAAAGAAAUACUUAAUCCGCUUUUAUACAAAUGUGUAUCAUUAUUUGUACCUCAUUUUAUUGAUCCUGUUUCACAAGAAAAGGGAAUAGUAAAUUUAAACAUUCUUAUAAAUGAGGGAAACUGGAAUACUUUGAGUUAUCUAUAUAUAAAUCAUAACGGCCAAGACAUAAGUUUAAACCGAGUGCUUAGAGAUCAAGCAAAUAAUAAUAAUUUUCAUCUUAAAAAACAGUAUAUCACUCAACUAUUAAGAUGUAGAUUUUAUGACAUAUUAAAAAAUGUCACUACAAUUUUUUCUGGAGUUAUAGACUUAAGUCAACAAGAAAAGAAUAACUCAGACAAAUUGGAAAAUCGAAAAAGUUAUAUUGAAUGUGUGAGUAAUUUUUUUCUGACUAUGAAAAGUGUCCAAGAUUUAUUAAAUUAUUUAAACACAGCAAUGGAAAAAUUAAAAAAAGCAUCAAUAUGGCAUGAAAAUGGAGCAUUUUAUUGCAUGUCACCAAUAAAAAAAAUAAUAAAUAAUAUAUUUGAGUUGAUGACGGAAAAAAAUUUUUUACGAGAUGACUUUUCUGACGGUAUAUUAAAUUUAAAAGAAGUAGCAAAUAAUUAUCUCGCAGACGCGCAAAAUGUAAGAUUCUGUAUUCAAUCAAACUUAAGAAAUGCAAGGCGAGUUCAUGAUAAGCAUUGUUUUUAUUACGAAAAAAUCUUAUUUUCUAAACAAGUCGUUUUAGAUGUUAGCAAGAAAAAUGCAAAUGCUACAAAUCUUACUCAUUCGUUUACUAAUCCUAUUUCCAAUUGUCAACAGGCUUGUGUAGAAUUAUAUAUAUUUUGUGAAGAUUUCAUCAGCAACGAAUAUAAAAAUCUAGGGUUUGAUAAAAUUAAUUAAAAAAUUUGGUUGUCAUUCUUAAAACAUUUUAUUUAAGUGAUUAAAUCUAUUAAAAUUAUUUUGUCAAUCAUAGUUUUUAGAAUGCUUAAAUGCUAUAGAAUUAGUGUUGUUUUAAAAUUAUCAAGUACUAUUUUUUGAAAUUAAAGAAAUUGACACAGAUAAUUUAGUUUACGUUUUUGUUAUAUUCUUUUUUUUAAGAAAUU